CUCGCGCCAGUCUCACAUCGUUCAUGUCCGCCGCUGCCCUUAGUGCCCGACUGCGGUGACCGCUCGCAUGGUGCAGACCCAUUCGCCGCCUUGAAUACCCACAGCAGCCGCGGAGACCUCAUAAAGCUGCCAUAAGCGCCUCAAGUCGGGGAGACGUCGGGUCCACUCUGCGUCCACGCUAGCUGAAGCUUAAUCCCGAACCAAGUCACCGAGGAACAUUCCUCCGCGGUUGUUGCUGCUUGACCACAACCACCACCCUUCUCGGGAUCGACGAGUUGAGGCGAGGACGAGAUGCUCACGGUCGAUGUGGUGCACGAUGCCGGCAUUGCGCUCUUUACCAUAGCCACUGUCAUCACACUGUGCCGACUGGCCAUACGUGUCCAUGACGGCUUGCUAUGCUGGGACGACUUCUGGGCCAGCUUCUCCAUCGCCUCCGGUGCAUUGAUGCUCACUGGCGUGCUCAUCAUCACCCAUCCCACUGCUUCCAUGUCGCAACUGACUGUCGUUACUGCUUAUUAUCUAGCCGAUACUGGUUUCUACGCAUGCGUCUGGUCCUCCCGAUUUUCUAUCCUUUGCACGAUAAAGCGCAUCACUCCGACCUACGACAAUUGGCUGCGUGCCAUGGCCACUGCCUUCUUCGCGAUGUGGCUCUUCCUGACGACGCAGGCCAUCGUGCACUGCGAAAAGCAUCCCGAGUGGAAGACGACGACGCUGCAAUGCCCCCUUGGGAAAAACGUCGCGAUCGCGCAGCUUACGACUGCAAUAUUCACAGACCUUAUUCUAUGUCUAACGCCGGCGCGCAUGAUUUGGUAUUCUGACUUGCCCAUGCCGCAGCGAGUGCGACUCAUCAUCGUCUUUUCGACCUGUCUGCUCACAACGGUGGCUUCCCUCGCGCACGCGUACUGCAUAUGGUUCGAGGGAUAUCUUGAUCAGUGGCUCGCGGCCGCGUUUGAGACGUCCGUCAGCAUGGUCGUCGCCAGCAUGAGCGUCAUUGUCAGCUUCGCCUUCCGCCUUGCCCUGAUGUGGUGCGCGCCCGAGCUCGCCGACUCUUCUAGCAGAGGCGAUCAGACCGUAAUCUUGACGUCCGUGUGGGCAACGAGGGAUGUGGAGAAUAGCGCGGCGAAGAAGAGCAACGUGCUCAAUGUCGAGGGACGGCCAGAUAGUUGCGUGCUGCACGCUAAGGGGAGUCAAGGGAGUACGUCGGAUAGCUCUGGGUCGGCUGUCUGAUCCAUUCACUCGCUGUGCGCCUAUGCUGCUUUUUCGCUCGUCAAAAGGACUCAUCAAAUUGCUGCUUGUCUCUGCAUCUCUGUUGUUAUCGUACCAUCACAAGCUCUACUACUACCAUACUGUACCCUCCACUUACUCAUCCUUCUCAGUUGAAUCAAUCAUCUCAAUGUAGCGGCAAGCGUGAGGAUAUGUAGCACAACCUAGUUUGUGUGCCGCUGUGCGCGCUCAGAUUGGC